AUGGUUAACCUCGUUCUGAGCCUCCUUGCAGCAGCCUGGGUUUUUGUCUGGGGCAUCGGGGUCUGGGUCAUCUGCAAGCAUUUUCUCACUGUGGACAUCCCUGCUGCCAUCGGCCACCCCAUGAAACUACGGGUCCUCGAUUGCCUUUUCCUAAUGACUGUCACAUGGGGCUCGAUUUUUGAGAAACUGGGAAUCUGUUCCUGGCCCAGAUUCGUCCGUUUCGUGCACGACUUGCUGCCGCUGCGGAAGGAGCCGGACCUCGUGGUCAGCGACCUGCGCUUCGGAACCGUCCCCGUGAGGCUGUACCGGCCGCGGGCCGCCUCCCCGCGCCGCAGGACGGGCGUCGUGUUCAUCCACGGCGGUGGGGGGGUCGUGGGGAGUCUGAAUACCCACCAUGGCAUAUGCUGUCAUUUGUCCAAGGAGAGUGACUCGGUGGUCCUGGCCAUUGGGUACCGCAAGUUGCCCGAAUAUAAGUUUCCAUUUCCAUUAAGGGACUGCUUGGUGGCCACGGUCCACUUUCUGAAGUCUCUGAAUACAUAUGGGGUGGAUCCAGCCAGGGUGGUGAUCUGUGGUGACAGCGUGGGAGGUACAGCGGCAGCUGUCAUUUGUCAAAAACUUUUGAACAGUCCAGAUCUCCCCAAGAUUCGUGCUCACAUUCUGAUUUACGCUGCUCUCCAAAGCCUGACUUUCCAGCUCCCUUCCUAUCAUCAGAACAGGAAGGUGCCCCUGCUCAGUCGGAAUUUUGACUUCUACUGUUGGCAUCUUUACCUGGGUAUCAACCCGUCUUGGAAAAGCACCAUCAUGAAGGGUGCCCAUUUGCCAGCCAAAGUCUGGGCAAAGUAUGGAAAGUGGGUGGGCUCAGAAAAUAUCCCAGAGAGGUUUAAGAAGAGAGGUUACCAGCAGAUGCCCCCUGAACCCCUAAAUGAAGAUGCCUAUUUGGAAACAAGCAUCAUUCUGGAUGUGAAGAACUCGCCCCUGAUUGCAGAAGAUGACGUGAUAUCUCAGCUCCCAGAAGCCUGCAUUGUGAGCUGCGAGUAUGAUCUUCUCCGAGACCAUUCACUGUUGUACAAGAAGAGGCUAGAGGACCUGAAAGUGCCAGUGACCUGGUACCAUAUGGAAGAUGGUUUUCAUGGAGUGCUCAACACCAUUGACAUGGAUUUCUUGUACUUCCCCUGUUCAACAAGAAUUAUGAAUGUGGUAGUGAAGUUUUUAAAGGGCUUGUGA